AUGCCCUGGUUUCCAAGCAACAGAAGUCCGCCUGAGGAGGGCUGGCGCUUUGACAUCAUAUCUCUCGUGGCGGUGGUUGGGGGUUCCACGGUUGCAAAGCACAGACAGGCCAUCACUGCUUCACGAUUCGGGAACAUCCCGCGCCUUAUGCCAGCGCCUGACACUUUCCUCGACACUGAUCGACCAGUUCGGUUACCCUCCGUCGGCGGCAUCGAUAUAUUUGGUGUGCACUCGGGCAACCACUUCACUGAAUUGAAUUUCUUCGCCGAUGUUAUCCACAAUACCCAGUCACUCAAACGCUACGAGUUUCUCGCCUACGAGAUCACAUACCGACAGCGUGAUGAAGAAAACCCUUCAAAUACCGACGGAGACAAAGCGAACAACAAGGGUCAGCGUGCUAGCAUCCCACAACACCCGUUCUCCUUCUUGAAUAUGGUGACGGUCGUCUCAAUCGGGAUGACGGUGGGUCUAUUUAUUUGGGCGGCUCUCAUCCACGAUGGAGUCGCUCUGCUCGGAAUAGGGACUAUGUCUCUAUCCACAAGUACGGCCUGUCUAUCGGGACGAUGGCGUCCGACGCUCACGGUACGACCUACUGGCGCGAAGGUUCCCCCCGGUGACGUUGUGAUCAAAACUCGCGGUGGAGCAUUUAUAGUAGUCCGCUGUGCAGAGGAGAUUGCACGCGAGCUGUAUGGGGGGAUCGAAACGUGUGACUACGUCUAUGAAGGCACUGAGCAUCAGCUUCUCCUGGCGUGCAGUACUAUUCUCCUCCUUGCAUCCAUCCUCUUCCUUAGCAACUCCGGCUGGACUAUGCAACUUGCGAUCGGUUUGGCGUACAUUAUUCUAAAUGUGCUGUACUGGGUCAUGUCGCUGAUCACUACCCCGGAAAAAAUUUGGGAUACUGCAAGGUAUAACGUGAAAUUGUUGAAAGCCACACCUCCACAUGGGGUCCAAAAGAGAUGUGGGAAGCGAAAGGAGGUGGAGCUAGACAUGAGCGAGAGACGAUAUGCGACGAAAGAUACGGAGUUAGUCAAGCCCAAGAAAAGAGAAGGAGAAGAAGAUGGUGAACUCAGCUUCACCGAGACUCUGUGGUGGGCAAUCGAAGCGACUGGAGAAAUCGACUGGGUUCGGAAACACAAGAUAGCUCCAGACACCCCAAACUGGGACGGAUGGCUACAAGAGGCAAAAGCGAAUUCUAAAAACCCAGAUUGGGAUGCAGUUGAAGCGAAGGAUCGGUGGAUGGUGAAGGAACUGCGAAAAACUUCGACAGAGGUAGAGGAAAUCAAAUAA